UCCUUUGAUUACAAACAAAAACAAACAUCAACAUCAACACGCUUGACUUGAACGGAGCUCGAUCCUCGAUCGCUCAAAUAUUGAAUCUUAAGAUUGACAGCAAAAAGUUUUGACUGAUUUUAAAAUUUAAUCUGUUUAGAGUUUAGAGGCCAACGCCAAAUUGCCAAAUUGAUCACGAACUCCUCAUACGUAUUUUCAUUCAUUUUAAUCUUUUACAAACGACUAAAUUGGCGAAUUGCUGACAAACACUGCGUUUUCUUGAUAUGGAGAGCCCGUCUGAGGAAUCGAAUGUUAACGAAACAGCCAAGUUUGAACAGGAAGCCCUGAUUAGCUUGUGCCGAGGACUGAGUGAUGAAAACAAAGUUGCAAGAAAACGCUGUAUUUUAAAAAUUCGAUCACAUCUGAAUGAUUUGCCGCACGAAAAGUUGGCCCAGGCGGUUGAAGUUAUUUUCAAAGAUCUUCUCCGAGCCUUCAAUGACCCGUCUGAAGCGUGUCGCGAACAAUCGGUUAUGCUGGUCAGUGAUUUUUUGCCGGAAAUUCAAUCAAUCGAACCCUUCUUAACAUUCCUGCUGACCAUCCUUGUCAAGAGAAUCUCUUCUGGGGAUAACAAAGAGCCAUCUGAGGAAAUUCGCCUGUUGCUGUUUAAACUUUUGUCUGGUGCCCUUCAAAAGGCCAAAGGAUGCAAUCUUAUCCCUUACCUGGAUGACCUGAGCAAGGUUUUGUGUUCUGGACUUGCAGAUGACUUUCCAGAUGUGAAGUCAGCCUGUUGUGAUUGCACAAAGGACCUCGUACUGUCAGCGCCUAAAAAUUUUCAUGUGCAGUGUGAAACUUAUUUAAAAUCUUUGAUCCCCGUGGCUCUUCACAAACACAGCAGAGUCAGAGCUGCCGCCAUAUCCACCAUUGGAGUUGUUAUCCAGUACGGUACUCAUAACCUGGUGGAAAAAGUUGCGCAGGUGCUUGCUGAACGUCUUUACGACUCUUCCCCUGCAGUUAGGAAAGCAGUUGUCAGUAUUGGUGGUGACUGGCUCUGCAACUUACCAGACAGAUAUUCACAGUUUUGCCGAAUCAUCCCUUUGGUGAUCAUAGGAAUGGACGAUGAAAUGCCUGAAAUUCGAGAAAUCGCAUUCACUGUUUGGGAUAAAGCAGGGCGGCUGUUCGAGAUGGAAAACGAAGACGAGUUAAAAAACGAACUUGAUUAUGGCAUCAAAAAUCUCCCCAACUACCCUUUAAAAGAACCUCGUCCUCGGAUUGGAUGUCGUGUUUUAAUUCAGCAAAAUGCAAUGAAAUUGAUUCCUGCAACUUUGAAAGAGCUCCAUGACUGGAAUGCUGGCGUCAGAAUGCAGUCGGCUAGUCUCCUGUACCAACUAAUCAGACACCUUGAAAGUAAAUGUAUUCAGCAUCUGCAACGAUUGUGGCCUGACCUCUGCCUCAAGUGCAUUGACCCUAAUGAUCAACUCAUGCAGAAAAAUAUUGAGCAAUGCAUUUUCCUGCUAGGAUAUUUUGUGCCCGAAAAUGCGCUUCUUCAGGUUGCCAUUCCACAAGACGAGCUUACCAUGAGCCAGCUCUGUUGCCUCUCUGCAGCCCUGAAAGGUUUGACUACUCUCGAAGAGCCGUAUCUCGCAACUGUUUGCCAGGCUCUCUGCAAAUCUGUCAAUACCAACAUGGAGCUCUCGUACCAAAAUGCUCUGCUGAAUUGCACGGCAAACACUUUGUAUGCAGCUAGACGAGCAAAAUCUGAUGAGACAAAAGCUUUUGAUAGAGCUUCGUCCCUUUCUUUGUUCACUGUGUUGUUAAAUCUGAUGGGAAAUUCACAGUCCCUGGACAUCAGCUCUGCUUCAAAAGUUUUAGUGAACGAUCUGGUUGAUUUACUGGAAACGAGUAAUCCAAAAUUGUUUGAGCUAUACGGAGAAGAAAUUUUGACACCAAUCCUAUCAACAGUGUCUGUGUGGACUGAAUACUGCGCACCAAAGAAUAUUUUCAUAGCAUUCACAAGAGAAGCUGGUGUUGGUAUUGGUGUGUACCUGCCACUGGUAGUAGAUAUCCUGAUUACCUGGGGACAACAUGCGACUACUGGGGUGGACCUGGCUGACAUGGUAAGAGUUGCAAUGCCAAUCCUUUCGUGGAAAUUUUUGGAAAGUUGUGCUGCUGAUCCAGAGAAAAUUCUGCUCUCACUUAUUAAUGGGCUUAUUCAACCAAAUUUGAAAUGGUCGGCAGGAAGAGUGGCUGAGGCAAAAAGAUCGCAGGCUCUGGUUUUACUUGUCAUUGCUGUCAGUGAUCCAGAGGUACCUGAUAGCAUAUUUGCUCACAUGGCUACGAAUUUCCCUCCUCUUCUCAUGACCAUGUUAGAAGAAAUGUCUAACCAACCACGCCUUGGAGCAGCACAAGUCCUUGAAAUUUUGUGUCUCAGAUGGAAAAAAUUAAAUCUCUUGGAUCUUGACACUACUUUUAGAAUUGUGCAAGUUGCCGCUGAACGACUAGAUGACGUCAAAGCAGAAGUUCGCCUUCAAGCUUUGAGAGUUGUGAAAGCAGCACUGCCUCAUCAUGUGCCACCCUCUUAUAAAUCGCACCUUGAAUUGUUGUACAAGACGGCCCUCAUUCACCUUGAUGACCAAGAUUUAAACUAUUCAGCUGCCGUUUUGGAUACACUCAGAGUCAUUGGUAUGAUUGACAUUGAACUUUUGACCAAACUACUGGGUGUGUGCAGGAAAAAAUUCUCCAGACAAGAUCUAUGCGAUGAACUUAUAAAUUAUGUGACAAAAAAUAAUGAUAAUAUGUAAGGAAUAAAAAUUCAUUCAUUUUUCUGAUUCAUAAAAAACCUUU